UAUGUUGUAUAGUUUGUGUAUGUUGUAUAGUGUGUGUUGUCUGUGUGUGUUGUGUUUUGAUGAUGUAAUCAGAAAGCUGAUUGCAUAAUUUCAAUACGUGUCACACUCCCAGUGAGGUCAUUGAUACAUCAAAGACAAAUGGCUUUAUGAUGUCAUGACAUCAUCGAGUCAUCAUCAGCCAAUCAGCCAAUCACGUGUUGCUGUGUCGUUUGACAUCAUCGCUAAAAGUUUAUAAAUAGGACCCAACAAUUCAGAUUCAUCACUUCUGUGCACACCUCUCGGCGAUCACAGCGUACCAGAUCUUCAGAGCAAGAUUUGCCUACGAACAACUGUUUUUGUCGAAUUGUGAUUAGGAGCCUGAAUACAUUGUAUCAUGGAAGCAUCCAGACGUACACAAGAACCUCAAGUAGAGAUCGCUGCCCUGAAUAAUGAACUUCAGCGGCUGAACCAGCUUCUCCAGCAGAAAGAUCAGCUGCUGGCAGAUGCUGCCCUGAAAGUUGAUCACUUUGAAGAACGGAUGAGACAGGAGAAAGGACUUUGUGUGAAAGCUAAAACCUCUUUGAGGAGCCUCAAAGAGGAAAAGCAGCAGUGGCAACAGCAGCAACAGCAGCAACAUUUAGACCUCAGCAGCAAAAUUUCUUUGCUGGAAGCCACUCUCAAAGAAGAGACGGCCAGGGCCAGCAAAGCAGAGAGCCUUGCAGCUGAGAAAGUGCAGCAAUAUGACUGUGCACAAGCUGCAAUGCUUCAAUUAGGAAGAGCAUUUCAGGAGAAGAAGGAGGAAAUGGAAAAGGAGAAGGAGCACUUCAUCCAAGAAAUUGCUCAACUAAAGGCCGCUCAGAAACAGCAGCAACCGGUGGAACAACUGGAUAUCUCCAGUAAGAUAUCUCAGUUGGAAACAAACCUCCAAAAAGAGACGACCAGGGCCAAUGAAGCAGAGAGACACUUAGCCCAGCAGAAGCAAGAAACUGCCUCUGCACACGCUUCAAUUGUCGCCUUAAGAGUGCAACUGCAACAAAAGAGCCAAGAAUGUGAAAUGCAGAGGAGCUAUUAUCUACAUCACCAUCAGCUGGCAUUGGCAGAAGCACAAAACCAGCUGGCAAAAGAAAGAGGUGAAUGGCAGAGAAAAAACUCCUCCCUUAACCAGGAAAUGGAUGAAUUAAGAAAAGUUCACGAGGAAAAUGUUGCUGCAACUCACAGAGCUGAAAAGUCUCUGUUGGAUUUGCUUGGCAACAUUGACCAGCGUGCGGACACCUUAUUAGAAACCAUCAAGGAAAAAGACAAAAUCAUAAACGAUUCUGAAACGAUCUGGAAGGAAAAGCUCGACCAGCAAGAGAAACAACUUGAGGUGGUCAAGAAGGCCUAUCGCAAGAAGCAUUUUGACCUGGGACAGCAACUCCACCAGAUGGAAGAAAAGGUUAAAGAAGAGAGGAUCCAAACAAAUCAGGCCAAGCUGAGCUUCGACCUGGAGGUAGAGGAGUCCACCAAAUUAAGAACUGCUUUGGCCCAAGUCCAGAAGGACCUAGACGAGCAGAAGCAGCAGAGGGUCAAAGAAAAGUCCACCCUCUCUGAAGAAAUUGCUCGUCUACAUGAAGUUAUCAAGAAUAAAGAGUCCGCCAUCAGCAAUUUGGAGGACGCUUUCACGGUCCAACUUGAUCAGAUCCAGCAGCAGGUGGAAGAGCUGAAAGAGAAGCCACAAAAGAAAAGUGUUGGUCAGAGGUUCAUGAAACUAUUUAAAAAGUCAAAGAAAAGAAAAGACUAAGUGGACCUCUGACCAAACCUUGACUGAAAAAGGCCUUCCUCCAGCAAACGGAUUCUGACACAGAGAAAAUGAGAAAGGACUGGUGUGGGUUUUCCUCCUGUUCUAAUCUUUUACUGGAUCUUGUCAAUAUGUAUCUUCUGUUCUAUUCUUCAAUUUGAUUUACUGUAAUAUUCCACGAUCCUUCUUGUAAGUCUAAUUUAUUGUUUUACUACAGUUUUUUUUAAAUUAUUUUUAUCUUGUUGGUUGUUUGGGGAAGGGGGGGUUGAAAGAUUGUUUUAGUGACAGCACCCCCCUCUUACCCCUGACAGCCAGUCUAAACAAAAAUAGGACGUGGAACAAGAACACUGUUCAGAAAAAUGUUAUUAAUUUAAUUGAAUGUAUGCUGAUGUAUUUAUGAAUCUUUUAAAAAUGUAAAAAAAAAAA